AUCUGUCAUUUGUAGUGUUUUGAUUUUUUCAUUCACUCUGCGAAGCUGCUUCAUUUUGGAAAACCCCAAACCUACCGAAGGCAAGAAGGAUCCCACAAUUUUAACGCUGCUAGUGGUAAUAACAGUUCUCUAGGAAGCAAACAUGUCGUACCAGCUGUAUCGGAACACUACACUCGGCAACACCCUGCAGGAGAGCCUGGACGAGCUGAUUCAGUACGGACAAAUCACUCCACAACUAGCUGGGCGUGUUUUGGUGCAGUUCGAUAAAUCCAUUAACGCGGCACUGUCGAAUCGGGUAAAGUCCCGUGUUACCUUCAAAGCAGCCAAACUCAACACCUACCGUUUCUGUGACAACGUAUGGACGCUGAUGUUGAACGAUGUCGAAUUUCGAGAGGUACACGAGUUUGCCCGGGUGGACAAAGUCAAAAUCGUUGCUUGUGAUGGUAAAAAUGUCAGCACAGGCGAUGAACCAAGCAGAUAGUGCAAAACUGUAUCCUCCGUUUAAUGUUUUACACCUCCAUGAAUUCUACUGAAAACUUAUCAGUGUUUUCACAAUUUAGUGUAUAAGAGUGCUUUGGUGAGCAUUUGAACGAAUAUUACGCAAAUACCAUUUACCAAUAAUUGUAAAUCGCUUCAAUAAAGCAUAUUAAUUUGGCA